AGUACAGGCAGUGAAAAAAAAAAAGUCACGACCGGAAAAAAUGGUGGGAUUGUAAAUCAAUCCACCAAUCGGAUCAUCAGCAAGAAGAGAUGACCGGCACGGAUCGGUCUUCUGCAUCUUUUCCGUCUACUUCUCAGCCGUCGAAAAACCUCGAUCAUCAUCGUCCUACAAAUCCUCGCCGGAAUCAUAGGUCGGGGUCUCGAAGUCGUCGCAAUUCAAAUCCUCGCUACGAGGUGAAAUCGGAGGUGAAAUUUUCAGAAUCCGAUGCUUCUGAUUGCUUGGGUGAUGAGCUGAGUAGCUUGAAGCUUCAACAGAGUUCGAAUUCGGAUUCGGUGAUUGAUAAGAAUCCAAGUGGAAAUUCGAGUACGGAGGAGAAGUUUCAUCUCAGUUCCGGUGAGAAUUUGAAUUGUGAGGAAUCGGCGGCGAGGAGAGAUGAAACUGAAGAAGUCGCUGAAGAUAUUAUGCUGACUAUUCUCAAGGAUUUGCGAUCUAGCGUUAGCGAGCCGGAGCUAACCGAGGAGCAACUAAGAACGAAUGAUCAAUUGCAAGAAGAUGAGCUUCUGGCACUAGGGUACAUCUAUGGAGGUAACAUGUUCAUCCUUGAACGGCAUAAAGAUAUGCGAUACUUUCAGAUUCAUGUAAACGUUGAAGCUACUAGUGAGUAUACUGUCUCUGCGAAGCUCAACUUACAAGCUGACUCAAGCAAGGAGUCGGAGGAUUUCCUCUACUCAUUCAAGGCCCAGUACCUCCCGCCAAUUGUGUUGACAUGUUUAUUACCAAAUGCUUAUCCGAGCCACUUGCCGCCUUACUUUAUAUUAAGUGUUCAGUGGAUGAAUCCUGAUAAGAUUUCAAGCCUCUGCUCCAUGCUGAACUCGAUUUGGAUGGAACAGCCAGGGCAAGAAGUACUAUACCAAUGGACAGAUUGGCUACAGAACUCUUCUAUGUCUCAUCUCGGCUUUGAUAACGAGAUUGUUCUUGGUCCUUAUGGCGUUGCUUGUUCCAGAGAUAAGCGUGCUGUUUCCGGAAGUCGUUCACCUGAUGCAGAUAUCCCUUAUAUUAAGAGCUACGACGAAGAAAAACGCCACGAGAGCUUCCUUAAGAGCUUACACGAGUGCUGUAUAUGCUUCUCUGAAUCUGCAGGUUUUGACUUUGUUAAGUUACCAUGCCAGCAUAUUUUUUGUAAGAAAUGCCUCAAGACCUAUGCAGACAUACAUGUCUUUGAAGGCACGGUUAACAAGCUUCAGUGUCCGGAUUCGAAAUGUGGAGAAAUUGUUCCUCCAGGUAUAUUGAAGAUAUUGUUGGGCGAUGAAGCGUAUGAACGUUGGGAAACUCUAAUGUUACAGAAAACACUGGAAACCAUGAAGGACGUUGCUUACUGUCCUAGAUGUGAAACCCCGUGCAUAGAGGACGAGGAGCAGCUUGCUCUAUGUUUCAAAUGCUACUUCAGUUUCUGUACGCUUUGCAAGGAAAAACGACACGUGGGUGUUACUUGUAUGAGCCCGGAACUUAAGCUUCAAAUCUUGGAGGGUCGUCAAAGCUCUUCUCGUCUUGGAGAGGAACAAAGGCGAAAAGAAAAAGAAAUGAUCAAUGAGUUAAUCAGUGUGAGUCUGAUAAAGCAAAGCUCAAAGCAAUGCCCGUCGUGCAAAAUGGCCAUCUCAAGAACCGGAGGUUGUAAUAAAAUGGUCUGCAAUAACUGUGGCCAAUACUUUUGCUACCGUUGCUGCAAAGCUAUCACUGGUUAUGAACAUUUCAGCGAGGGAUCAUGUAAUCUGUUCCCACAAGACGCGAUCCAAGAAUUCAAUGAUAUGAUGAUGAUGAAUGAGCGACAAGUCAUUGGACAGAUUCAAGCUCAACUGUUUGCAGAAUACGGUCAGUUCCUGCAGCGUGGUCAGUUAUGCCCUAAUUGCCGCCAGUUCAACGCAAAGAUGGGAAACAACAAUCACUUGUUUUGCUGGGCGUGUCAAGCACAUUUUUGUUACCUUUGCAAGAAAGUGGUGAAGCGAUGUGGUCAGCAUUAUGGACCAAAGGGUUGCAAGCAGCACACAGAUGGGUAAAAGACAUAAUUGGAAAGAUCAAACUCAGAUUCUGGAUUUUUCUUUCUCCAGAGGUUGUCAUUUGUAUUGAUAAGGUUUGUAUCAUUUUUCGACUUAGGUUUCAGUAUUUAUUAUAUUAUAUAUGUUCUUGUUAUGUUUAAACUUGACUAAAGAGGUUUAAACUUUGAUUAGUUGAUUAGUUAAAAAGAACAACACGAAUGUAUUCCUGUGUUUUC